AUGGAGAGGGAAAACGUGAGUUUCCCCAGCACCUUUGUCCUGCUGGGCUUCGCGGAGUUUCCCUGGCUGGAGAUGCCCCUCUCUGCAGUGGUCCUGCUCGCCUACCUGCUCGCCCUCGUGGGGAACGGCUCCAUCAUCCUGCUCUCCCUGCUGGACCCCAGGCUCCAGACGCCCAUGUACUUCUUCCUGGACAACCUCUCCCUACUGGACCUCACUGUGACCUGCACCACUGUGCCCCAGCUGCUGGCCAACCUGUGGGGCCCGGACAAGACAAUCGCCGCCUGGGGCUGCGUCACACAGGUCUGUAUUUUCAGCUGCACUAGCUGCACAGAAUGCAUCCUGCUGGCUGUGAUGGCCAUUGAUCGCUACGUGGCCAUCUGCCGGCCUCUCAGGUACACUCUCCUCAUGCGCCCCUGGGUGUGUGUGCAGAUGGCAGCUGCCUGCUGGUGCAGUGGCCUGGCCAAUGCCCUGCUCCAAGCCACCCUCACCCUCCAGCUCCCCCUCUGUGGGACCCACACCCUGGACCACUUCUUCUGUGAGGUGCCCGUGCUCCUCAGGCUGGCCUGUGGGGACACCACCGCCAAUGAGCUGGCCCUCACGUUGCUGUCAGUCCCAUUUGGAGUGGCUCCUGUUCUGCUGGUGCUCGUCUCCUACACCUUCAUCGCCAGGGCUGUGCUGAAGCUGCCUUCAGCUGAGGGGAGGCGCAAGGCUCUCAGCACCUGCAGCUCCCACCUGCUGGUGAUCACGCUGUACUUUGGGCCGGGGAUGUACUUAUACCUCCAGCCUUCAGCCAAGAGUUCCCAGGCCAAGUUCAUGUCCUUCUUCUACUGCGUUAUCACCCCUGUGCUCAAUCCCCUCAUCUACACCCUGAGAAACAAGGAUGUGAGGACCGCGUGGAAGAGGAUCCUGCAGCCCCAGCAUGGACUAACGUCUUUAAAAGCCAGACUACCUCUGUGUGUCUCCUGA